AUGCCAGCUCGUGCUAACCUUGCUCCAGAUGAUCGAAUGAAGGACUGGCUGAGCUCUCAAAUCGACACUUUCCAAGAUUUUCUCAACCGCUUGGCCUCACCUAUCUUCACCCUAGCAGAUCAAGCCAUCGUUGUACUUUCUUAUCUCAACCCGUUCACUUACAUCUUCCUCCUGUUCAAUUUUUUUUAUCGACUCUGCGUCUCACCCCAUACACAUCGAUCCAUUCUGGGAUCAAUUAUCUUGGGAUUCAUCUUUGUCAUUAGCUUGCUUCUCAGUAUCAUCGCAUACAUAACCUUUUACCGAGCCUAUGUCCCUCACGUUGGAUUUCGUUUGCCGGUUUGGCUGCAGUACGGGGAAGCUCGUGUACCGUAUGCGGCCAUGGACCUGUCUUCGAUUGCACCUGAAAUCACUGUUGAUCAGGCGUACGACGUCCAUCUCCUUCUGACUGUCCCAACCAAUGAUCGCAACAUGAAUUUGGGCAACUUCAUGGUCCAUUUCUCCCUUGUUACGACGCAUCCGCAUAAUACCACCCUGCAUCAAAGUUCCCGACACGCCUCUCUAAUCUACGAACCUGGAUUUGCUCGCGUGCUCCAUGGCUUCAAAUACCUUCGAACCCUCUUCUUCCUUUCCUCGCCCCCAUCUGUUCAGCACAUCAGGGUACCUCUCCUAGAACACCGCAUCAUACAUCCCACCUCUCUCGGGAAGCGCACAAAAAUUGCAUAUGCUAAGAUUGAAGUUGGGCGGCAAGAUGUAUAUAGCUCACCGACCUUACUACUUGAGCGCGAUGGCUGGGGAGAACUCCAGAUUUACAAAGCUACUCUUGCUUUCGAUGCGCAUUUGGAAGGUCUUAGAUGGGCACUUUACUAUCAUCCUUACAUAUCAUUUUGCUUUUUCUCGGCGUUCUUUUUCAUCGCCGAGCUCAUGGCUGUAUUCAUUACUUGGGGAACAGUCCUUUACCGCGAGGCUCCAAGCAAGCCGACCAAAUCAAGCUCAUUCCCCAAAGUAGAGCCUUACUCCGGUAGGCAACAUAGCUCAGCAAGUCAGGACCGCCCGAAGGUUGGAACUUUAGCUCCGGGCACGACAGAAGUAGAUAGUUCCUCGACUUCUGAAAAUGACCCCCGAUCUCUGGAGGACGACGAUGAUCGCGAACACGAAACUUUCUUUGAAGAACCCCCACGGAUCAAAACAGAAGUCAACGACGAUGGUGUACUAGUCGGUAGCAGUCGGGACAUCCAUACAGAUCCUUCUACGAGUGGUCCCCAGCGUCAUCUUACCCAUCGGAAGUCCUCGAAGACCUCCAGAUAUAGUUAG